AUGAGUGAUAAACUUACCCGUAUUGCUAUCGUUAGCGCUGACAAGUGCAAGCCCAAGAAGUGUAGACAAGAAUGUAAGCGUUCUUGUCCUGUGAACCGUAUGGGUAAGCUCUGUAUCGAAGUCGAGCCUACUUCAAAGAUCGCCUUCAUUUCCGAGGAGCUUUGUAUUGGUUGUGGUAUUUGCGUAAAGAAAUGUCCUUUCGGCGCCAUUCACAUUAUCAACUUGCCCACCAACCUCGAGGGUGAGGUCACUCAUCGUUACUCUGCCAACUCUUUCAAGCUUCAUCGUUUGCCUGUACCCCGCCCUGGACAAGUAUUGGGUUUGGUCGGUACUAACGGUAUUGGUAAAUCAACCGCCUUGAAGAUUCUCUCUGGUAAGAUGAAGCCCAAUUUGGGUAAAUUCGAAGCACCCCCUGACUGGCAAGACAUCCUGAAGUAUUUCCGUGGUUCCGAAUUGCAGAAUUAUUUUACCAAGAUUUUAGAGGACAACUUGAAGGCCAUCAUCAAGCCUCAAUACGUUGAUCACAUUCCCAAGGUCGUCAGCGGCAAAGUGCACCAACUGUUGGAAGAUAAGCAUGAACGCAACAAUUUGGAGGAGAUGAUUGAUUAUUUGGAUCUCAAGGAUGUGCUUCAGCGUGAAGUGGGUCAAUUGUCUGGUGGUGAGUUACAAAGAUUUGCCAUUGGUGUCGUCGCUGUCCAACAAGCCGAUGUUUAUAUGUUUGAUGAACCUUCAUCUUAUUUGGAUGUCAAGCAACGUUUGAACGCUGCUCGCGUUAUUCGCUCCCUGUUGUCUUCCAGCACCUAUAUUAUCUGUGUCGAGCACGAUUUGUCCGUCUUGGAUUACCUUUCCGAUUACAUUUGUAUCCUCUACGGUAGACCUUCUGCUUAUGGUGUUGUCACUCUCCCUUACUCUGUUCGUGAAGGUAUCAAUAUCUUCUUGGACGGUAACAUUCCUACUGAGAAUUUGCGUUUCCGUGAAGAAUCCUUGACCUUCAAGAUUGCCGAAACUGCCACUGAAGCCUCUGUUUCUAAGGUUAACUCUUACAAGUACCCCAAGAUGCAAAAGGUGCUCGGUGAUUUCAAGCUGGAUGUCGAAGGUGGUGAGUUCCAAGAUUCUGAAAUCAUUGUCAUGUUGGGUCAAAACGGUACUGGUAAAUCUACCUUUAUCCGUUUGUUGGCUGGUCUCUUGAAGCCUGAUGGUGAUGCCAAGAUUCCUCAAUUGAACGUCUCUUACAAGCCUCAAAAGAUCUCUCCCAAAUUCAAGGGUACUGUUCGUAUGUUGUUCUUGAAGAAGAUCAAGGGUGCCUUCUUGAACCCUCAAUUCAACACCGAUGUCAUUAAGCCAUUGAACAUUGAAAACAUCAUUGAUCAAGAAGUCAUGCACUUGUCUGGUGGUGAAUUGCAACGUGUUGCUAUUGUCCUUGCCUUGGGUCAACCUGCUGAUAUUUAUCUUAUCGAUGAGCCUUCUGCUUACCUCGAUUCCGAACAACGUAUCAUUGCUGCCAAGGUCAUCAAGCGUUUCAUUAUCCAUUUCAAGAGAACUGCUUUCAUUGUAGAGCACGAUUUCAUCAUGGCCACCUAUCUCGCUGACCGUGUUGUUGUCUACGAUGGUACUCCUUCCGUCCAUGCUGUUGCCAACACUCCUCAAUCUUUGUUAUCUGGUAUGAACAAGUUCUUGGCUUCUCUUCAAAUUACUUUCCGUCGUGAUCCCACCAACUACAGACCUAGAAUCAACAAGCUUGACUCUCAACUCGAUCAAGAUCAAAAGUCAAGUGGCAACUACUUCUUCUUGGAACAAUAA